AGCCCUUUCCUGGCACUGAGACCCUGGGUGCUGGGGGGACCCCCAUCCACCUGACGUCCCUAUUGCAGGGGAUGCAUCCCCAAAAGGCGGUGCCAAAUACCUCCCUUUGUUCUACGGGAGGGUGAGGGCCACCCCGCGGCCCCCAGCGCCCUGGGACUGAUGGGGGGACAAGGAGCUCCCAUGACCCUCACCCACACGUGGGUGAGCACCGGACUGGGGACAAUGGCCAAGAAAAGGGGACCCAGGGGAGAGCUCGGAUGCUGCACGUGUGGGCAGCCCUGGGGAGCAGUUGGGGUCUCGGGGCUGUGUCAGUGCACCCCACCGGUGGGCUCACCCCCUGCCCUCUCUCCCUGCCCCAGGGCAUCGCUGUGGAGCUCCUGCGUGGUCCUUCCCCUGCUGGCGCUGACCUGGAUGUCGGCCGUGCUCGCCAUGACCGACCGGCGCUCCAUCCUCUUCCAGGUCCUCUUCGCCGUCUUCAACUCCGUCCAGGGCUUCGUCAUCAUCACUGUGCACGGCUUCCUGCGCCGAGAGGUCCAGGACGUGGUGAAGUGUCAGAUAGGGGUGUGCAGGAGCGAGGAGAAUGAAAACUCGCCCGACUCCUGCAAGAAUGGGCAGGUGCAGAUCCUGACAGAUUUUGAAAAGGACGUUGACCUGGCAUGUCAGACAGUGCUCUUCAAGGAGGUGAACACCUGCAACCCUGCCACCAUCACUGGCACUUUGUCGCGCAUUUCGCUGGAUGGCGACGAAGACCCCAAGCUCAACACCAGCUCAGAGGGCAAUUUGGGCUUCUCCAGCCUGCCGGGCAACAUCCCCACCGCCAGCAUCCUGGUGCAGGUGCCCAAGAUGACACCCAACGUGGUGGCGGGUUUGGAGCUGGGCGAGCCGCCGGCGCAGCUGGAGGCACAGGGUCCUGUCUACCUGUGCACUGAGAGCAGCCUGCGGCCCCUGGAGUACGGCUGGCUGCGGGCGCCGGAGCCACCAAGGGAGAGCGAUUAUAUGGUGCUGCCACGCCGCAGCCUGCAGCCCUUCCAGCGCGAGGAGGGUCCCGGCACUGAGGAAGGGACCCCCCGUCCCACUGGGGCAGGAGAGGGGGAUUCCUACCCCGGCUUUGUCUCGGUGGAGCAUGUCAACGUGAACCUGAGCCAGCCUUACGGGACGGUGAAGCACCCCUACGGGCUGCAGUUCAAGCAGCACCCAACGGUGCGGCAGAUCCUGGCGUCGGAGCUGUCGGAGCGCAGCCGCACCAUGCCACGCACCGUGCCUGGCUCUGCCAUGAAAGUGGGGUCCCUGGAGAGGAAGAGGUUGCGGUACUCCGACCUGGAUUUCGAGAAGGUGAUGCACACUCGGAAGCGUCACUCUGAGCUCUAUCACGAGCUCAACCAGAAGUUCCACACGCUGGACCGGUACCGGGCGCCAGCUGCCGGCACCAUCAAGCGAGAAAAGCGAUGGAGCGUCUCAUCAGGUGGUGGGGAGAAGAGCGUGGCCACUGACACGGCUGGCCCCGAGGACCCGCAGCCGCCGGCCGCACCGCCCAAACCCUGGAGCACAUUCAAGGCGAUGACUCUGGGCUCGCUGCCCAGCGCCCACCGGGAGCGCCUGGAGCUGCGCUGUGCGGACUGGGAGGGUCCCUGCGCUGGUCUGGAUGCGGCUGAUGGGGACUUCCAGACGGAGGUGUGAGCCCCGUGCAGGACCAGCUCGGACGCUGUGUUACUCCGUCCUCCUCUGCGCCCGGGGGAUCCCAUCCGUCGGAGCCAUCCCUGCAGGGGGACCGCGCACCCCACACUCACCCACCGCUCACUUGCGCACCCUCCCGGCCCCCCCCGGGCAGGACCGGCCGCCGAGGCCCUGGCAUCUCCGUUCUUUUCUACCGGGAUGUUUCUUCACGCAGUGCACCGUGUGCACGCGCGCGGCGGCCCCGGGCACCCCACGCACCCCACGCUGGGUGGUGGUCCCGUGGCCGGGCGCCCUCGCCCCGUGGCCGCCCCCUCCCAGCCGUCCCCACCGUCCCCACCCCACGGGGCAGGUGCUGUCGUUGUUGGAAAUAAAAGUUCACUCUCUGUGGUGCCGUGGGGCCGCCACGUGGUGCUUCGUGUGCCACCCAGGGACGGGGGGACGGCACUCGGUGGGGACGUGUCUGUCCCAGCCCUGCCUGCUGUGCCCUGGAUCCUGAGUGGGGCUGAGCCCACCCUGACGCACUGCUGUGCAAAUGACUGCAGGAGCUGAGGGUGCUGAAUGACAUGGUAAUUAAUCUACGAGCAAAUGAGCAACUUUGGAGGCAGCUGGUGCCUGGGGCAGGGACAGGGGGCACAGUCUCAGGAGGAGCAGAGGUGGGGCCCACACUUGCGGUUGUGUCCGAGGAGAGGACCAUCCGUGUGCUGCUGGCUGUCACCCACGUAGCACAGUGGGAAGGGAUUGGUGCCCCCCCAGGUUCCCCUCACCGACCUUACCAUGUCUGUGCCCGAGGGAGUGGGGGACCCCGUGCUGGAGCUGGCGUGGAGAGACCCUCACUUUGACCCCGAGACGGUAUCCAAAGGUCAUAACACAGUUCCUCUCCAGCAGCUCACUGUUUCCGACUGGUGUGGGACUGCAGUGGUGGGGGUGACUGCAGGCACAGGAGCUGCACAGAGGCACGGGCAGGAUGCAGACCCCCGGAGCGCAGGUCUCUCAUCCCCUGGUCGUCCCGCUGAGCACUGACUGCAUGGCCCAGCUUAUCCCAGUGCUGAUUGGUUUGGGGCUGGGGCUGCAGGCUGCGUGCUGGGAGCGAGGCAGCGCUGGGCUGGGGCCAACUCCAGUUGUGCAACACGAGGGGCCAGCUCCAGUUGUGCAGCCGCAGUGCAGCUGGGGUUCCCAGGGCACUGCUGCAGGAUGGGGGCAUGCAGCCUGCCGACACUGCGUGCUGCUCCCUGGGUCACAGUGCUCACUGCUGAGAACAGCAGCCAUGUCCUCAUGCUCUGGUUGCUUGGUGUCCUCUCCACCACCCCACAUCCAGCCCGGCCCAAACUUUGGGGCCGGCUCUGGGUCCUGUCUUUCCCUUCCCGGCCCCAGGCAGCAGCAAGCAGCAGCGGCAGGCAGUCCUGGGGCAUCUGGUGGCAAUUAGCAGCUUUUAUUACUCAUGGAGACGCCAUAUGGGUGAGGGAAUGGAGCCCGCCCUGGCGGUGCAGGAUUGCAAGGGGAUGGGAAGGAGUGACGUUCUGUAGGGCUGGGGAUGUGUAGGAGGGAGCAUGGGGGUCUUCAGCCCCAAAUCCCAUUGGUGGGUGCACAGUGCGUGAGUGGUGUCCGGGGGAACAGGGUUGGAGAGCCUCACAGCCGUUUUCCAUCUGAGCCGCUGUGCACCGCAAAGAGCUGUGCCAAAAAUGUUUGGUUUUGGGGGGCGGAAACGAUGGAGAAAACACUCCGAUGCUGAGCAGUCGGCACGGAAAGUUCCUCUGCUCGGGUUUGAGUGUCUCCGCCUUUCUCUCUCUGGCGAAGCACUUCCACCAGAAGAGACAAAGCUGCUGCUCCAGCGCCACAAACCCAGAAUUCACACCGCAGGAAUUUCGGGCUGGCACAAGUAAGGGAUGGAGGCGGGGAGCCCCGCGGUGACGACGCUGCACCGCAUGACGCUCCAUCGGAGGCAAAUUGUCUCCAGCUUGAAAAUUGCAGUGCUCUGCUCGGGGUCGGGUUUCUUGGCCGCUGGUGCUGCUGUUUCUUGGAAAUCCAGCUCGCCUCAGAGCUUCCUGGGGGCUCGCCGUCUCUUCCCAUCCUUGCUCCAGGGACUGGUGGGGGGAUAUUUGCUCUCUCAGUGGAGCUUGAGGCCACCAUCCCCAUGGAGCCUUAGGCGGAAGUGGGCAAAAAGCCAUCCCUGAGCCUGCCCCACAGCUGGAGGAGCAGGAUGCAGCCUCCCGCCCCACGUGCUGGCAUGGAAUGGCGCAGAGCUGUGGUUACCUCUGUGCUGUGGCUGUCCCCACGCACUCGAUGCCAGCAGAGUCACUUUGUGCCACCGCACUGGGAACAACCAAGCAGAAUGGGAAAAUUGAGGCACAGUGGGAGCAGUGUGGGGGAUGGCUGCCACCCCGACACGACCCACAGCUGUGCCAGCACCACCGAGGGGUGAGAGGACGUGCCCAGGCUGCAGCGAGGUGCCCAAGCCCUGCUCAAACCCGCAUGGAGCCGCUGGGAGGCUCUGCAAAGAGAGCAGCUCGGGGUGAAUAAUCACCCACUAAAAAGGAAUGAUAAAAGUUUCGUGAUGUUUCAUACCCACUUGCUUUAAUUAGCCUUAAUUGCUACAGUAGGCAAGCUGCAGAUGAACUGAGCGCUCUGUCACCGCAUCUCGGGGGCUGCCGGCUGGAUAAACGGCACCGCACGGCGCUCCAGCAGCAGCACUGCCUGCUCUGCCCCAGACAGCUUAUUUACUGCGGGCUGAAUAAAUA